GAGGUUGUUAUUCUCCACUCAGCAGCUGUGUGGCCUUGGGUCAGGUUCAAACUGUGCCUCAGUUUCCCUAUGGGUGAGGUGAUGUCUCAAGCGGCCUUAAGAGGCUGUGGGCUGAGAUUUCUGGAAGUGAGACUGAGCUGGAGAGGGUAGGGGAUGCCACUGGCUAUAGUGCCAGGGCUGGGGGAGCAGAGGGUUCCCCCAUUCCCACACUGCAGUGGGAAUUCCCAGAGUCAGGGCCAGGCUGGAAUCUCCUCUGUGGCCCCAGCAUUGCCCUCUGACCCACCCUUGAACUCAGGAAAACCUGCAGCUAAACUUCCCGCCAACCCCAUAAUGCAGACUGGUCAGAAUGCAUCACGCCCGCAGAUGAGGAAACUGAGGCUUAGACAGGGAAGUCACCGGCGUGGGGUGACUCCAGGAGCCCUGUGUUUAGUCUGGACACUCUUUGGCCCUUCUGGAGGAGGCAGUCGUGAGGUUUGCUCAGCUGGCUUGAGUCCAAAGGCUCCUGGACUCCUGAGAUCAUCCAGGGGGCCUAGUCUGCUCAGGAGCAUGGGGGGAUCCCCAGGGGACCCAGGGCCUGGUGGGCUGCCCCCAAUUCAGGUCCCGUGGCACAGGCGGAGCCAUGCUGCAAAUCCUGUGUCUGGCGCUCUGCGGCCUGCUGACCCCAGCACGAGCGGACCCUGGGGCGCUGCUGCGGCUGGGCAUGGACGUCAUGAAUCGAGAGGUCCAGAAUGCCAUGGAUGAGAGUCACAUCCUGGAGAAGAUGGCAGCGGAAGCGGGCAAAAAGCGACCGGGGAUGAAACCCAUCAAGGGCAUCACUGACCUGAAGGUGAAGGAUGUGAAGCUUCCUGUCAUCACACUGAGCUUCAUGCCUGGGGUGGGCAUCUUCCAAUGUGUGUCUACGGGCAUGACCAUCACUGGCAAGAGCUUCAUGGGUGGGAACAUGGAGAUCAUCGUGGUCCUGAACAUCACAGCCACCAACCGGCUUCUGCAGGAUGAGGAGACGGGCCUCCCCAUGUUCAAGAGCGAGGGCUGUGAGGUCAUCCUGGUCAGCGUGAAGACGAACCUGCCUAGCAACAUGCUCCCCAAGGUGGUCAACAAGUUCCUGGACAGCACCCUACACAAAGUUCUCCCUGGCCUGAUGUGUCCAGCCAUUGAUGCGGUUCUAGUGUACGUGAAUAAGAAGUGGGCCAACCUGAAUGCCCCCAUGCCCGUGGGCCAGAUGGGCACCAUCAAAUACGUCCUGACCUCCAUACCAACCACCAUGGCCAAUUACAUUCAAGUGGACUUUAAUCCUGUGGUGCAGCAGCAAAGAGGUGAUACCAUCCAGCUUGCUGAUGCUGGGGAGGCCCUCGAGUUCCCCAAGGACUCUGCUGCAGGCUCCUCACAGCUGCUGCUCUCGGCUGCCUUCCUCACGGCAGAGCUUGCUCUUCUGCAGAAGUCCUUUGAUGUGAAUAUCCAGGAUACAACGAUCGGCGAGCUGCCCCCACAAACCACGGAGACCCUGGCUGGCUUCAUCCCUGAAGUGGCUGAGGCCUAUCCCAAGCCGAAACCCCUGGUGACUCGGAUCAGGAUAAACAAGCCCCCUAAGGUCACCAUGCGGACCGGCAAGAGCCUGCUGCACCUCCACGGCACUCUGCAGAUGUUCGCUGCUCGGCAGCGGAGCAGGGCUCCUGUAUCUCUCUUUCUUCUGGAAAUUCACUUCAACGUGAAAAUCCAGUACUCAGUUCGUGAGGACCGGCUGCAGAUGGCCACCUCUCUGGACAGAUUGCUGAGCCUGUCCCAGCGGUCUUCCUCAAUUGGCGCCUUCAAUGAGAAGGAAUUGACUGGCUUCAUCACCGAUUUUCUCCAAGAAGCCUACAUCCCAGCCAUCAAUGAUGUGCUCCAAGUUGGGCUCCCACUUCCGGACUUUCUGGACAUGAAUUACAACCUGGCAGAGCUGGAUAUAGCAGAGAACGCCCUGGUGCUGGACUUGAAGCUGGACUGACCAGGACAAGAUGUGCCUGCCAGCUGCUCACAUACCACCAUCCGGCUGCAUCCUGUGGAGGAGCCUGAUUGGAGCCAGUGGGCCUGGCCCCCUACCACCAGGGCUGCUUCCUCUGAUGGGAAGUAAGCAGGGCAGGACUGGGCUAGGGCCUGGGCAAUA